AUGGAACGCUUCUUGAAGAAGCUGUGCGCCGCACAGGGGACGCCAACAACGCCCCGGGUGAGAAGAACGGAGCCGCAGGACGUCGACAUGGAGUCGGUAGAGUCUGACCACGGAGAAUACGACCCGGACGAUCUGGAUCGAUCCGUCUCUCGUCAAGCGACGGUAGCCACUGCUGCUACAACGACUGGAUUACCAGCGAUCACCCCUCGCAUUCGUGUGUCUGCUAUACCGGAACUCAAAGGGUUCUUGGGGAAGGAUGACGACGAGGAUCGCGCCCGGGCCUGGAUCGGCAAGAAAAAAGACCCGGCGACAGGCAAAGCCCCUACGCGCGCGGGACGGCAUCGUACGGGAAAUACUUCGUUACCGGUUCGUUGGGCCGUGGAUUAG